AUGGGAAACAUUUGCUCCCGCUCCAAAAAUCAACCCGAGGCCUUUUCCAGUCCCGGCCGCGUCCUGGGCUCCGCCAAUCCUCCCCCCGGAGAAACAGGGAAAUCCAGCUCCGGUCCGCGCGCCCCGCUCCCCGCAAAGGCCAGUACGGGGAGGACCUUGGGCGGCGCGGGGGCUCCAGGGGCGGGCGCGGAUACCGCUGAUGCGCGGACGAAUGCAGCGAUUGCGGCGCAGAAACGGGCGGAGUCUACUACCGCGGGCAACAAGGGCAAGUUAGGGUCAAAGUUGGCAGCUCAAAAGGCCCAAACACAGGCACAGACGUUGGGUGAGGCUAGUCGGGAUGAGAGGGCUGCUAGGGAUGCGGAUAAUGCUGCUUCAGCUAGAAGGUGGGAGUGA